UGCUAAUCCAUCAUCAAUCAGUCUCGUUAUACACGUCCACUUAAAUGCGUCACUUUCUGCAUAUUUAUUAACUUUGCCGGAAGUGGGCAGGGCUAGGAGAAAGAUUGGCAGCGUUCAUGAACAAAGGCCAUCAGUGUUUGACGAAGAGUGACAGAGGUAAGCUGCCAGUCAAUGUCGUAUUCUACCUCUUUAUUUAUAACCAAGUAAUUGUUUUCUUGAAUAUAAAAUAGCUUUCUAUUACACGCUAGUUAUACCGUACUUGCUGUGUAUAUGUAGAGCAUAUGGAAGCAUAAUAAAACGGAUUGAAACGUUAUAUAUCACUGUGUUUAAUAUAUAUAGUUCAUGUGUGUAUUAAUAUGAAACGUUCGAAGCACAUGUUCGGUAUGUUACUAAUCAUUUACCUUGUGUUCAAAGGCAAAGAGUCAAGAUCAAAAUGGAAGGAAUAGCAGCCCGACUUGGAAGUAAUCUUUCCCAAGGGGAAAACCCAGUUUCGCCAGAAUUUCCACAGUUUGUUAUCCACGAUAAACCGCCACCAAGCUAUGAGGAAUCACAACAACAACAGCAACACGGCACAUUUGUAAACGAAGCAGGCGAAGUUUCUCAGGCAGAUAAACUUGCAAUUUAUCGACAUCCGUUGUUUCCUCUUCUUGCUAUGUUAUUUGAUAAAUGUGAAUGGGCGACAGGCAGUCAGGAAGGACCGAGUGGUCAAGCUUUUCAAAACGAUAUAAGAUCGUUCUUGCUACACCUUGGACAAGACGGGAAAUCUCUGAUGUCAGGCAAUGAUGAAACGGAUAGUUUGGUGAGUCGAAGUUGAAAUAUUCUUGGUCUUUCAUCAUGAAGACCUCUUAUAAAUAUGCGUUUACAUAACGUAAAUCACUUUCACAAAUUCAUCUACUUCAAAUGAUGUUCAAAAUACUGUAAUAAUUGGCCAAAGAUUAUUUUUAAAAAGGUGUACUGUCGGUGUGUUGAUCAAGGGUUUUGCACCUUCAGUUGUGCGCUGGCGCGAAGCCAACCUGAAACGGAAUUCGGUGAACAAUUAGAACGUUUAAUUUGUUACAUUUCGAGCACUUCAAAACAAAAGAGGUCGAGGAACAACUUUAGAAUACCAGGCCACAAAAAUUGAACUCACUAUACCGGAUGAGUAAAAAAAACCUGAUACCUUCACACCCUGUAUGCAUGGCUACUGGCUACUAGUGAUGGGCGAUUACCGAUUACUUGGUAUCAAUACCACCCGAUACCAGGCCCAAAUCAUAAGUAGUCGAUGCUGCACGGUAUCGAAAAAGUGUUCCGAUUACUUUUAAAUUUAGACAUUCAUUAUAAUCCUGUAGUUGUGUCAUUGUUUUCAUGGCUAUUUCUAAUAAAAUUUUUGUACUUUUUUGUAUUUUGCUUCAUUUAUCGAUUUAAUCAAACUUCCUUUACUUUAUUUGACAUGCUAUCCACUUCCCUGAUUAAUAUUCCUGACCUCGUCAACAGAGUAAAUUAUGAAAAAGGCGGAAAAUUCUGAAAUACAAUCGUCUGCAUAGUAAUCGUUUGGGUAAUCGAUACCUCGAUACUUUUACGAAAAAAUAAUCGGUAUCGAAUCGAUACUGGUGGUAUCGCCCAUCACUACUGGCUAUGAAUGUAUCGAUCAAUUCGAAACUUCAACAUGCCCCCCCCCCCCCGGGCCGAUCCCGGGAAUUUGAACUUUUUGAAAUUUGACUGAUCAAAUUCUCCACCCCCUGUGCAAAAAAUGUCUUCAAAUGCCCCACUGUAACAAGAAAUUAAGCGUUCAAAUGCCCACCUUCAUAUGAAAAUUAUGAAACAGUAAAUACAAAAAGUACAAAAUAUACAGAUCGGAAAUGUUUUUCGGCAAGAUAGCGAAAUUCGCUUAAAAAGUUUGGAAACCUUAUGGAAAUUUAACAGUUUUACACAAUUUUGUAGUACAUACCUUCAAAUGAGGCACAUAGCUUUUCCAUGCCCAUUUCUUUGAGCCAGUUUUUCACAAAAUUGAGGCUGUUUCCCUCAAAAUCUGAGAAAACUGUAUUUGCCGCCAAUGCAAAGUAAAAGCACGUGAAAACGGGCAAGGUUUUAAGACUUCUGGCUCAAAUUCCCCACCCUUAUCAAAUGCCCCCCACAUGGAAGACUUAGAACGUCAAAUUCCCUACUCCCUGGAGAAGACUCGAAGUCAGAUUCCCGGGAUAUGCCCGGGGGGGGGGGGGGGGAUGUCGAAGUUUCGAAUUGAUCGGUACAUAAUGCUGAAGGUUAGAGAGGGGAUGGUCGUGAGUCAGGGAACUGAUCAAUUGGGUUUUUUUAACACUGAAACACCAUCCAAGUCAGUGCACACAACAUGAUCGAACAAGGGUUAGCACAGGUUUACCACGGUUCAAGGCAAUGCUGAAGGUUAGAGAGGGGGUAGGUGUGGGUCAAUGGCCGGGUAUUCUGAAGUUACUCUGAGGUCAAUUGUACUAAAUGUACUUUAAAAUUACAGUGGAUUCACUUCUGAACAGGCUGCGUAGGAGACUACCUUUCCUGUAGCAACACAGAGCAUGUGAAUAUGAUGAUUUCAUACACAGUCAAACUGGUUUUAGUAUUGAUUAUGUAACAGUUUUACACUGAUUAUGUAUUAUAGGACUUUAUAAUAUUGAUUAUUGAUAUAAUAAAAAUAGUUAUUGAUAAAAACAUCAAUAAGACUUCAAUGAAUAAUUUUAAUAUGUGCUUUGUUUCUAGAUGGUCAAAGCAAUUCUCGUUUUAAAGAUUCAUCUGUUGGAAAUCGAGAAGGUGAAUGAGCUGUGUAAAGAUUUCUGUCAGCGGUACAUUGCUUGUUUGAAAGGAAAACUACAAACAGAAAACAUGUUGGGUAUAUUUUCAUCUGGUUGUGAUGGUAUAAUGGGUGGAAUAUCUAAUGAUUCAUCUGCACAGUUGAAUCAACUUCAGGGCAGCUUGGCAUAUCUUAGUCAAUCUACAUCAAGUAGUACAUCAAUGGCCAUAGGAAGUUCAGAGCCAAUAAAGACAUUCAGUGACCAACUGCCUCCUGCAUUACAGUCUACAGAAGUACCAUCAUUACCCACAAUGGUUUUAACUACCAGUACAGAUCAGAAUGUUUCAAGUAAUAUCUUUGGGUCACUUGAUGCACAGUACAAAUCACCUGUCUCAGGUAGGCAUCCAAUAGUUUGAUUAACUUUCAAACAACGGAAUAAAUUGCAAGCCUGUGCCCAGGAUUAGGAGGCCUGGGUUAGCGCUAACCCUGGGUUAAACUUUAAUCUGACGUCUUGGUCUGUGUAUCUCUGCAUGUUUGCCUAUUAAAAAACUUAAAUAUAACUUCUGAUAAUCCACACAAGUUUUCCAGAAAAAAAUUCCAUAUUUAUAAACAAGCUGUUGGGAGGAUUGCUUUGGCAGUUUUUGUUAACCUAGGAAUUAAGCUAACCAGUUUUGAACAACCGGCCUCUGAAUAUAAUUCUGGAGCCCACCAGACACAAUGUCUGACCACAGAGUAAAUUAGCAGGGCAGGACCACUAUAAUUAUAUCUUAUACCCCUCUAUUCAAGAAAAAUUCAAUAUUGAAAUUCAAAGAUAUGUAUUUACUUAUGCUUGUCAAAUUUAUGUGUUCAUAUUCUAAUCAUCUAUUAUAUUUAACACCACCACAGAAAAAAUCUAUUUAUUAUCAAUGACAAUGUCUGGUUGUGGCAGUAAUAUUCAUAGUUAACAUUCCAAAAACCUUUCCAUUUUAGGCACAUCAAAUCAGUCACUUCGUACAGUACCACUCUCUAGUCUAUCACCGUCACCACCAAGCAAGAAGCCAAGACGUAGUAUACUACCAAAACAUGCAACCAAUACAAUGAAAGCAUGGCUUUUCCAACACAUUGCAGUAAGUUGGUUGAUUGAAGUAAAAUUACUAAAGUUUAGUAUUACAGCAAGCUGUCCAAUGGCUAAAACAGGCAGGCUGACAUUAAAUGUCACAGUGUACUAUAUUUAUUAGAGAAUUUCACGAACUUAGUCACUGUUAACAUUUAACUUGCAGCAUCCUUAUCCAUCAGAAGAAGAGAAAAGGAUUUUAGCUCAUCAAACUGACCUUUCCUUGUUGCAAGUGAACAACUGGUAAGUUAAUAAAUAACAACUUAUAUAGUAUUGUGAUAUCAGGUACAAAACCUGUACAUUAUUUACCACCAAAAGUGUAGAAACUUUACAACCACCAUGAAAAGAACUAUGACAGCUACAAACGUUCAUUCCCAUGAUGCCCUACAAUAUCAUCACACAAUUACAAGUCAGUAUAACAAUGCCAUCAUGGCAUAAUCCAUACGACACUCUUAUUAAAACUGACACAACCACCACUUCAUGUCUAAUAUCAUCUCAAGCAGAACAAAUCUACCAUCAUCAACAUAAUAAUCUUAUCUUCACCACAAUUAGUACCAUUGCUACCAGUAGAACCUAUAUCACUGCCAGUACGAACUUCCAUGAUUCAUUCUUACACAUCCAUGACAUAGAUCAUCGCACUUAGAUUUAUAUUUUUUCGUCAUUAAAGGUUUAUUAAUGCGAGACGAAGAAUACUUCAACCAAUGCUUGAGUCCAGUAAUCCUGAAAACGCAUUCAAAUCCAAGAAAUCUAAACCUAAUCAAGCUCGUUUGGCUCAGAGAUUUUGGCCUGAAUCAUUAGUACAGACAAUCCAAAGCGGUAGCUCAAGUACAAUGCAGUUUCCUCAACAAACAGUCCAUAUUAUCUCAAGUGAUCUUAAAGAUGGUGUACCUAUAACAGUUGUAUCAAACAAUAACCAGCUUGUUUCAACUGGGAUCCCAAUUCAUUGUGUUCAGUCAGAGAAACUGCCAAUAUUGACAAUGUUGACAUGCCCUGCACAAACACUCAAUCAAACAGAGUUGAUAACUGUGGCGAAUAACAAUAAUAACAUAACAGAUAAUGGUGGUACAGUGACCACUGUAUCUCUGGAAAGUAACAUUCCAGAUGCAGCUAAAUCAGACAUUGUUUCUGAACAGGACCUUACACCACACUCAGAACUACAGAUUACUAAUCCAUAGGCAUAGCUGAGCAUAAUGGUAUAUAGCUACUGUAUAAAGUGUACUGUAUAUAAUAUAUGUCUGAAACGUAGGGUUGAAGAUAGUCUUCAACAAGCUGUCCAGUUGUUUUGGGCCUGAACUAUAUUUACCAGAAAAUGAUUAAAAACACUUGACGUUUCAGACGAAGGCAGAAGUAAUCAUUUUCAGGGAGUUCACGCACAGACCACGGCAGUUAUCAUGUAAAAUAUAUAGUUGUACUAUAACUUAUAAGACUAAGUUGUUGUUUUCUUUUAUUGAAAUUACUGUAUGUUCAAUUUGAAUACAUAAUCUGAAGAGUGAAGGUCAUAACAGUUAACCACCGUGGCACGAGAACGAACGAAUAUGCAAGUAUAUACAGUAUGUAAAUUGUUUCAUUGAAAUCGCGAAAGCUGAUUGGUUUGCAUAUUUAAACAUUUACGAAUAGACCAAAGGCAAAGUGAACGAACGAGUGAACGAAUGACGAGUUACUAGUUAACAUGCGCCAAAGGACGUAAACGAACGUAAUAUUCAGUUAUGUAAAUUUGCAAACGUAAGAAAUUGAAUCCUGAUUGGCUCCACAUGUUACAUGUAAUAUAUGUAAAUGAACCAUAUAUGUAUAUUGUUUGUAAAAUGUGCGAAUUCUAAAGACUUUAUCAUGUUGUCACUAUAUUCACUAAUCACAAUUUCGAUUUGAAGCUGU